CUUGUCACUCAUGAUGUAUCAUAAGUGUUAUCAAGAUCAGGCAAAUCACUCCUUCCUGCUACUCGCUGCUGAGUGUCUACUGAUGACAAUAAACACCUUUUUAUUAUAUGCGGCUAACGGCCAGAAGCAACCCUAAGACACUGACCCUGCAGUCCACAUCCUGCCUGAUUUUACACCCUCACAGAAAUCUAAAAAACAUUUGUUCUUAUGCUGUUUACCUUCCUUUUAAUCCAAUCUCUUGCGCCAACACAGUGGGUUGUAGACAUUUUGCUCUGUGUCCAUGGUUACAAGUACUGUGAAAUAAUUGAACUAUUAUUACUUUUACUGGUAAUAUGCAAAUAAGCCAUUUAAUGAGACGUUAAUGAUAUGGAUUUCAGAAAAAUAAAGACAACACUUUCUGCAGAAACAUCACAUUUUUUGCCUUUGUAUAGUAGAAGCCAUACUUUAGAAGUUCCUCUCUCUGAAACCGCUAGUAGUGAUCAUCUUUACCAGGAUAUGACAAGAUCAGGAACCCUUGUUGAUUCUUCAUGUUCGUUUGGUAAUUCAGCAUCAUUUCUUCACCAUAAAGAAAAUCAAGAGACAACCAGACCUUUGCAAAAUAGUUUUAACCAACCAAGAGAGACCAAACAAACUAUAAAUAAGUCCUACUUUCAGGAACAGUACUGGGCAUGUGCUAUUCCUGCAUCCCUCCCACCUUGCCCUGAUCGCGCAUCUUCAUUCUGGGACCCAAACAAAGAGUAUCAGGACUUGCUGGAUUAUACAUACCCUUUGAAUUCAAAAUCUUUAAUAAAUAAGGACAAAGAGGAUGACCCUGAUCCUUUUUUCCAUGACUCUGGAAUAGAUCUUGACAGUUAUCACCUUUCAAAUGAUAGUAAGAUGCUUUCAUCAAACUUAACGUGUCAAGAAAAAACAUGGAAGGACCCACGUACAAACAACCUGAGUUUUCCAUUUGUCUCUUCAACCCCUUUAUUUAAAACACCUGUAUUCCAUCAACUUCGAAAAUCCUCUGAGUCUUCUGAUGAAACCUCUUUUGAAGAACUUUCUCCUUAUAAUAGCAAAACAGACAUCAUCAAUGAUUCCAUAUUAAACUAUACCUUUCCCAAAUGUUCUGAAUUUGAGAAAUACAGGUAUUUAACAGCAGCUCCUAUUACUAAAGAAAAGUUACACAAGUCUGGACAGUUUAUUCCUACUACAAAAGUCCUUCAGCUGAACAGAGAUUUGGAAAGUGAUGAAGAAUACCUUUCUUUACCGCCACACCUUAAUGAGCUUGAAAACUUGGCCUUGCAGUUAAAGGACAUCUCUCUGAGUAUAGGCAGAAAUAGCUCUAUAAAAAGUAACCAAGCAAAAGCUACUAAACAAAAUAUUCUUUCGUUUGAAUGCUCGGGUCAAGAAGGAGUCAAUACCAAGGAAGUAAAUGAGACUGUAGAAACAUCACACAGAGCAUCAACCUUUAAAUCAAAUUUGUCAGAAACGAAGAGCAAUACCCUGAACCAGAUUGAAACAGGACAUACAUUAAACACAUUUUCCUAUCUAAGAGACAUGCUGGAUGGUAUUAUUUCAUCUGAUGAUAUUAAUGUGGCAGAAAAUUCAACAAAAGUCCAUGAAAAUAAGUCUUUAGUCCAAAUUAUACAGAGAUUUUGCCAUCACCUGGAAAAACUCCUCCAAUGGCUAUACAGUAUUUCAAAAAUAAUGGAAGACUGGAUCCCUCCAAAGCCUGAUGUAGAAAGUAUACAGCUUUCACUGGGACGGUACCUGAAAUUAAAAAAGGAUGUAGCUGAGCACCAGCCAUUGGCAGACAUUAUUGUAAAGGAUGGAGAAUUACUACUUAAGUGCAUGUCUCUUAAUUCGUCUGUUUUGAAGGACACUCUUGUGUUAAUUUCCAAGCAGUCCGAAGAGCUUGAAAAACACGCAGAGCGCCUGUAUGCCUCAGUACUUGAAGCUAUGGAUACCGUCACUGAUGACAGCUUUAACCUAAAACAGGCCGUUUCCUUGGAGAUGGCAUAGACCUAGAGCAAAACUACUGGAAGGAGAUUUCAACACCAGAAAUGUAACAAAAUUUGUCAUCCAAAAUUACUUAAACAUUGUCUUUUAAAUAAAACAAUGAGAACAUUUUCAAGCCUUAAAGAAGUUGCAUCGUUCCAAUGUAGGGGGGGGGGGAAUAAAAAAACCAAAACAAAAAAAAAAAACUUUCUAGAUAGAGAAAGCUGUUAUUCCAGAAUUUUGAUACCAGAAAUAAAUUUACAGAAGUUAAAACCAGAUUGGAUUAACAUGCAACACUGAGAUGUAAUUCACAUAUUUCUGUUUUUUUGAAAUCUGUUAAAUGAAGCUAAUAUUGUGUGCCUAAAACACUGCAAUGUUUUAACUGUUGCAAGUCUUAAACUGUUAUGGUAAAUCUUUAUAACCAGAUUUUACAGUAAAAGUUUCUCCAAGCUUUUUUAAGCAAAUAAAGAUUGACAACCCUUUUCAAUGUUUACCUAAA